AUGUCGACAAAUAAACCUUAUGUGAAUACCGCCCAUGGUGACGGUCCAUGUUAUCUUGCGUUCUCGCGUGACGGAAAAGUAUGUUAUACUGGUGGAGAAGAUGGUAUCGUUCGACUCUGGCAGACGAGCAGAGGGCAAGAGCAGGAGCCAGAGACGGCCAUUGAAGCCUGUGAUACUAUCACUUGUCUCGCAGCAGGAAACAAGACGUGGUUCUCGGGGAGUGGUGAUUCGGAUGUUAGAGAGUAUCACGGCGCACAAACGGAAUUGAAGGAACAUGUCACUGGUGCGGCGGGCGUGCCGAUUCGAUGUGUGGCUGUGGAUCCGAAAGGAGAGAGGAUUGCGGUAACAUCUGACGAGCUAGCCGUGAAGGUGAUUGAAAUCGAGGUCGCAACGAACAUCAAGUUGUUGGCAGGACAUACAGCGGGCGUACGACGCGUGACAUGGCAUCCUUCAGGGAGCUUACUGACAACAAGUGGAGGUGAUGGAAGAAUAUGCGUCUGGGAUGUGACAAAGGAUGAGCCGGAAGAGAUACAGCCUAUUGAGGGCAUCAUUCCCGCAAUCAGAGAUACAGCUGCCCCGGAGUUUUACCAUGACUGCUCGGCUGUUUGGCACCCGUCCGGGGACUACUUCGUCGUUGCAACUCGUACCCACGACAUUGUCACGAUCUCGAAGGAGACGUGGGAGAAGACCUCUACUUUCUCGGAUGAUACUUGCACGGGGGCUACCACCGCACUCGCCAUGUCCCCGAACGGCGUUUAUUUGGCCACAGCUAACAACGACAAAGUCUUCAUCUGGUCAACUCAAACACGGAGAUUGCUUUUUACGUCCAAACACCCCAUCGAAGGCACGAUCAACCAAAUGGCAUGGUCGCCUACCACCAACCUCUUGGCCUGGACGACAAACACCGGUACACUUUACCGAUGGGCUGACACCAUUCCUUCCACCUCACCAAGUCCGGUGAAGACCGUAUCAUCUACAGCCACUACUCGUCCGGUCAAGCGCAGUACAGGGCUAGACUUAUUUGCUACUGACAUUGAUGACGACGGUGCGGCCCCAGUUGAAAAGGAUGCAGACGAUGUGGACAUGGACGAUCCAUUUGCGAAUGACGACUGGAUAUUGGAUGAUGUUGGGGAUGGAAUGGCGGAUGCUGGAGAGGAAAAGAGCAGGGGCGGAUUUGUCAGGGAGAUGGUGAGUGUGACAAAGGCACAGCCUGCUUUCCAAUCGGGGUCGACGCCUAUGGAUAACAAAAAACGCUACCUAACAUACAAUAUGGUCGGUGUUAUCGAGGUUACAGACCAAGAUACACACCACAUUGUCAACGUCGAAUUUCACGACCGGUCAGCACGGAAAGCAUACCACUUCACAGACCACAACAAAUACCAUUUAGGAGUAUUAGGCGAGCGUGGAGCCCUUUAUGCUUCAGCACCGGAGGGUCAACAUGCUGCCCAUGUACACUACAAGCCCUACGGUAUCUGGGCCGCACAAGGCGAAUGGACUUACGAACUCGAUGAGGACGUUCACGUCCUAGGAAUUGCAGCCGGAGGGCCAGCACCCACAAAAUCUUACCGCGUUUUACGGGACUCAGAUUUACAGGGCAAUGGGAACGUGGUGAUUGCGACGAGUGAGAAUGAGCUGACGUUCUUGAGCGGCAGUGGGAUCGAGAGAUGUUCGGUAGGCUUGAACGGCGACUUUUUGAGCAUGGUGGCGGGACCGGAGUGGGUGUUUGUAGUACAUAGGGAUGGGUCGACGACGAUGGAUGGUUCGCAGAGCUUGAUGUGCACGCUGUACGACUUUGAAGACCUUUCGGUGUUGCAGAACUGUAAACUCCCUCUGCGAAAGGGUCUCACAUUGAAAUGGAUCGGUAUUUCUGACGAAGGGGCACCAGUCAUGUACGACUCGGCUGGUGUGAUGUAUAUCAUGCCUCGAUAUCGCAUACCGCUGCGUGCCACUUGGGUUCGUCUGCUGGACACGAACAAAUUGGAAAGGAAGCAGGGCAAAGACGAGUCGUAUUGGCCUGUUGGAGUGACGAAGGAUACAUUCAUGUGCUUGAUUUUGAAGGGACGGCAAGAGCACCCAAGUUUCCCUCGGCCACUGAUUCAAGAGCUACCUCUGCGUCUGCCUUUCCGUCGCAAGGACCCAAUAGAAGGACCCCUUGAAGAGAAUGUUGCUCGAGAAUCUAUGAUGAUCCAGAUGGUGUUGGACUCUCUCGGUGACGACCUCUACACCGACGAACUCUCUCGACGUGAGCUCGAGCUCGACAAAGACAUAAUCAAGCUCAUUCAAAACGCCUGCAAAUCCGACCGUAACCCCCGAGUCCUCGAACUCUGUCGGAUGUUGCACCACACUUCCUCCUUCGACAUGGCCAUCAAAGUCGCUAUCUUCUACCGCCAGACAGGGUUGCAGGAAAAGAUCCAGGUGCUGAAGGACGACCGAGAGGAUGGAGAUCGGUUGGUCGAGGCCAGAGAUAAACGAAGGAGAUGGACGAGCGAUCAUGAUGCCGUUCCGCCGCCGAGAUUACCCCCGGCUGAUGCGAAUGGUUCUAGAGGUGGGAGGUCGAAUCUGCUCCAGGAUUUUGCACCACCGCCAGCGGCGCAUCGACCGGGUCUUGCGAAGGCGACACCGAUCGUUGUUCCAAAGAAAAAUGAGAACGAGGACGGCCCUGGUUGGGUUCUCCGUGGUCGAGAAGGGAAUGGAGAAGGGAAGCGAAAGGGAACGUCUGAGGACGAUGCAAUGGUUGUUGACGCUGACUCGCCGGAUGGAGCCAAGCGUAGAAGGAUGGAUGAGGAACCAACGCAGACUCAGACCCAGGCUGACGAGGACACGACCCUGCCUGCCCCGACCAAAUUGAAAACUAACAAUCCCUUCGCUAAGAAGACACAAAGUGGUAAUCCAUUCGGGCGCCAGAAAUCCCUGCAAAAGAGCGAGACUUUCUACGACAAGGUCGAAGACGCAGAGACGGGCAACAGACCAAAGAGUGCGUCUGUUGCCCCUGUUGAUUUUCGUGGCUUUCUCUGA